AUGGCUACUGGAAGAGCCACAGCUGCAAACUGUUUACGCAUGGCAUGCUUGUAUAUCCUGGUUAUUUCAUUACAACACUGCAGGGCAACUGACACAUUGACUAAAGACAGUCGGAUCUACUUAGAACAGACUCUUGUCUCUGCCAAUCAAGUUUUUGAGCUGGGCUUCUUCAAUCCAGGUAAUUCCACUAAACGAUAUAUUGGUAUAUGGUACAAAAAUAUUCCUGCAAGGAAAGUUAUAUGGGUCGCAAACAGAGAAAAUCCACUCUCGGUUUCUGACACCACCUCUAGCCUAACUAUUGGCAACGAUGGGAACCUGAUAAUCCAAGAUGGUGAGCAUAAUAUCAUCUGGUCAACAAAUGUAAGGGUCCAGUUCAACGAAACAGUUGCAAAGCUUACAGACACGGGAGAUUUAGCUCUUAAUGAUACCAUCUCAGGAUCAAUAUUGUGGGAGAGUUUUGAUUAUCCGAGUAACAGUCUAUUACCAGGCAUGAAGCUUGGGACAAAAGGGAAAACACAAGGCAAAAAUUUAUUGACAUCAUGGAAAAGUGAUGAUGAUCCAACACCUGGAGAGUUUGUACUUGGACUUUCAGCAGAGCAGCCGCCACAAGCUUUCAUCUGGCAUCGUUCGAAGCAGUACUGGAGAAGUGGGCCCUGGGAUGGAGGGAAGUUCAUAGGUAUACCAGAGCAGGAGUCUGGGUACUCAAAUGUCAUAAGUCUCAUGCCAGAGAACCCACAAGGAGGAGCCUAUCUCACCAUCAACAGGUAUAACUCAUCUCACAUCCGAUGGCUUUAUUUAGAACCUGAUGGUGUGUUACAGUUGAAUUAUUGGGAUGAUUAUCAUAACAUGUGGGAUAUUACUUGGGGAGCACCAGAUAAUCCUUGUGAUGUUUAUGGAGUUUGUGGUGCUUCUGCAAUUUGUACGAACAAGUCUCCCAUUUGCGAAUGCUUGAAAGGGUUUGUACCACAGUCGAAGGAUGAAUGGAGCAAAAGUAAUUGGACAACAGGUUGUGUGAGGCGAAGUGAACUUUUGUGUGAGAAGAACGGAAGUAGUUUAGCUUCUGGAAAGACUAAACCAGAUAAGUUCUGGAUGCUAAGAGGGAUCAAGCUCCCAGAUCAUCAUCAGUAUUUUCCAUACACUGAUACCAAUGGAUGCCAGCGCUUGUGCUUGGGUAACUGCUCUUGUAAGGCAUAUGCCUAUGUGGAAGGCAUUGACUGUAUGAUUUGGACAGAAGACUUCAUGGAUACCAAGCAGUUCUCUUCUGGUGGGGAGAAUCUUUUCUUGCGGCUUGCCUAUGUGGGAUCAGGAGCAGAAGUUCUCAUCAGUCUCACAACUAUAGGUGGUGCACUACUCUUAGGUGGCUUCAUGUUUUGUUUGUACAGGUGGACAACAUAUAAGAAAGGAAGGAAAACCAAAUUAAAACUCUUCAAUCCAGAGGAUGAAAUUGAUUCGAGGGACACACUACAACUACAUGAAAAGGUUCUUAUACAGGAGUCCAUUGAAUUGCCUAUAUAUGAGUUCAAACAAAUAAUAACUUCCACCGACAACUUCAGCUACAGAAACAAACUUGGUGAAGGAGGGUUUGGAGCAGUUUAUAAGGGAACGCUAGAUCAUGGACAGCAAAUAGCAGUGAAAAGGCUGUCAGGGGACUCUGGGCAAGGAAUUGAAGAGUUUAAGAACGAAAUCAUAUUGAUUUCCAAGCUCCAACACAGGAAUCUCGUUAAACUUUUAGGUUGCUGCAUUGAAGGGGAAGAGAGAUUACUGAUUUAUGAGUACAUGACCAACAAAAGCUUGGACACUUUUCUCUUUAAUCCAAAGAAACGAAUGCAACUUGAUUGGGCAACGCGUUUCAACAUUAUUUUGGGCAUUGGUCGAGGGAUUGUUUAUCUCCAUCGUGAUUCUUGUUUAAAAAUCAUUCAUCGAGAUCUGAAAGCAAGUAACAUUUUGCUUGACGAGAAAAUGAACCCGAAGAUAUCGGAUUUUGGUAUGGCACGGAUUUUCGGGAACGAGGAAAACGAAGCAAAAACAAAGAAAGUGGUGGGAACGUAUGGUUACAUGUCACCGGAAUACGCAAUGAACGGCCACUUCUCAACAAAAUCAGAUGUUUUCAGUUUCGGGGUUUUGGUUCUCGAGAUAGUAAGCGGUCAAAAGAACAGUGGAUCGUCUUACACAAGUAGCGAACUUAGCCUCCUUGGACAUACAUGGACGUUAUGGAAAGAAGGUAAGGCGUUAAAACUAGUGGAUGAAUCGAUUCGGGACAAAUUUUUGGAAGACGAAGCAAUAAGAUGCAUACAAAUAGGGUUAUUAUGCGUUCAAGAACAGAAAGAAGAUCGGCCUUGUAUGUCAAAAGUGUUGUGGAUGUUGAACAGCGAAAUCGCUCAAUUGCCGCAACCGAAAUACCCCGGAUUCUUUAUCGGAAAAAGACAAAUUAAAGCCGAGUCUUCGAGCAAACAAGAUGAUUCCGUGACCAUAAAUGAAGUCACAAUCACGAUGAUAGAUGGUAGAUAGUCGAAAACAAGGUUAGCCAUCAUCGCUGAAUCGUCUUAGAAGUAAGGACCCGGGUUCGAAUUCGGGCACCAACCACUGCGAUGGUCGUCAUAUCAGUGUGGUGGUGCCGUUCUAGAAGGUGACGUAUACCCCUUUUUCGUAUAAAUUGUACAUCAUAUUUUCUCUUUUCUGU